CAGCUCUGCAGUGGACUUCAGGACAGGGACCAAGGUGGCCAUCAAGAAGCUCCACAGGCCCUUCCAGUCUGAGCUCUUUGCUAAGAGGGCCUAUCGGGAGCUGAGGCUGCUCAAACACAUGAAACAUGAAAAUGUAAGACUUGCAAGCCUGUAGUCCGAAAACAACCCUUAUCCCAUUUCAUUGCACUACUUUAGUCCUUAAGGGUUGCAGUCCUCAAGGUUUUUUCCGCCCUGAGUGACACUUAGUAAUUUCAAGCAAGUAGCCUAAGUGAUUGCCUUGGGUAAUCCUCUCCACACACAGUCUCUGAUUAAAUGGCAAGGAUGAAAACCAGAGAGGCCCUCGAAGACCAGAGUUGUGCAUCCCUGCCCUAAAAACACUAGGCUUACUAGCAAUAUACUGUAAGCUAGGCCUAUAGGGUGUUUGUCUUACUGUGUCUCCCCUCCAACUGCUAUGUAACAACCUGAUCAAAACCUAAUAUAAGUUGUUUAUUUUCCCUCAUUCUCUCCCUGGGGUUAGGUGAUUGGCCUUGUGGAUGUAUUCACUGCUGACCUCUCCUUAGACAGAUUCCAUGAUUUGUGAGUACACUUUUGUGUUUUCAUAUUUGGGCACAAUAGGUCAGGAACUUCAAGUAAAGAAAAUACGGAAGUUGGAGACACAAUAUCCACAUUCCACACCACUGGAUGUUUAGCAAAGUCAAAGUUCCAUCUUUCCUCUCCAUGUUGGUUGGUCAUUGCGAAGAUAUGUAGACAUUUAGUCUCUCUGUCUGUCUCUCUCUCUCGCUCUCUCGCAGCUAUCUGGUGAUGCCUUUCAUGGGAACCGAUCUGGGGAAGUUGAUGAAGUUACAGCAGCUCUCAGAGGACAAAGUACAGUUCCUGGUCUAUCAGAUGCUGAAGGGACUCAAGGUGUGUCUCACAGCCACACACAAUCUCAUAAAUACUUAUAUACAUACAUGUAUAUAAAUAUGUAUACACCCUGAUAUUGUAUUUUAUUGAUGGAAAUGCCUGUUGUAUUAUUUUAUUACAGUAUAUCCAUUCUGCUGGCAUAAUUCAUAGGGUAAGUGAAUCUCCUUUUUCCUGUGUGUGUUUGUGUGUAUGUGUGUGAGUGUGUGUGUGUGUGUGUGUGUGUGUGUGUGCAUGCAUGCGUGAGUGCCUUUGUCAUGCAAGUGUGUGUGCAUGUGUGUGGCCCCUCAAAAUGACCCACUUAAUGUUUGUAUCUGCAGGACCUCAAACCAGGGAAUCUGGCCGUUAACCAGGAAUGUGAGCUCAAGGUACACAGUCACACACCCAGUGCUCUGAUAACCUAAAUAAACUUUCCACUGUGUUCAGCUCCACUGUCAAUAACUCAGUCUGUGGCUUAAAGAUGCACUCCAGGAUCUUAAGCACAACAAAUUCAUAACAUAUAGUACGAAUUGGAUUCGUAACAUAUUAUACGAAUUGCACACAAAAAAACAGGGACAACUUUUGGCUCGUGAGCACCACUUUCAAAACUACUGGCUGAAAUUAUACAAAAGCUCAAGAGUGCAUCUUUAAUAGCCUUUGCACAGACCAACAGACAACAUUUCUCUCUGUUGACUUUGUUGUCAUGGUUUGCUGCAUGAGCACAGUUUGGCAGCAAUAAUGACUUCCAUUGUAUUUUGUAGUGUUAUAGCUGGUAUGAUGUAGGUACAACGGUAUAGUGCUGUCAUGAAAUGUCCCAUUGAUGUGCAAUUGAUUACUGGGACUGAGCUAUUUUGAAGGAUGUUUUACUUAUAAUGAUUGUGAUACGUGGUUGUUUUACCUACCUUAGUUGAAUGCAGAGAGCAUCUGCUUAAUGACUAAAAUGCUAAUGUAAUGUCCAGUAAUAAUAAGAGUGUGUUGUGUCUGUGUCAGAUCCUGGACUUUGGGUUGGCGCGGCAGGCAGACAGUGAGAUGACAGGCUAUGUGGUGACGCGCUGGUACAGAGCCCCAGAGGUCAUCCUCAGCUGGAUGCACUACACCCAGACUGGUCAGCAGCACACCACGCAACACUCCUCUUAACUGGUCCAGGAUCAGAUAUGUUGUUAAGCCACUGAUGGUUAAGGCUAAUACUGGAAUACAGACAACUGAUCUUGGAUCAGCUGUUUUAUAAGGAUGUAAAUUCAUCUGAGUGGUCUGCAUAGAUGACAGAGUCAACUGAAUGCAUUGAAGCCUAUGGAGAAUAGUAGAAUGUCCACAAGGUGGUGCUCUAGCCUGUAUAUUUUGCCUAGUGAUAAAUGCACUUCAACAUGGUUCUAUCAGAUUUAAACGCCAGCCAUGUUAAUGGAGGUCCUUUCUAUCAGUUAACAGUAUUCUCUCCCUUUCCUCUCUUCCUAGUGGACAUCUGGUCUGUGGGCUGCAUCAUGGCAGAGAUGCUGUCAGGGAAACCACUGUUCAAAGGCAAUGACCGUAUCCUGAUCUGACCUGCCCCUGAGCCCUCAUAUCCACUGUUGCACAAUACACAAAUGAAACUCUAUUACUGUGGUUAAUGUUGUUUAUGUUGGAAUCAUGCUUGCUUCCAUUCUUACUUUUCGGUUUGACUGACUAGAACCAGAUUAUACCCUUAACAUGGCCAGGUGGUUUUGUUUCACUUUCACUCUAGAUGCAAUGUGUUUCUCAAUGAGGAUAUGUUCAGUAUAUCAUUUGUAUGUAGUUUGACCUUUGAUCCUUGACCUGUGGAGCACAGACCUGGAUCAGCUGACUGAGAUCAUGAAGAUCACAGGGACACCCACUCAGGAGUUCAUCACCAAACUGCAGUCUCAGGACGUGAGUAAUGUACUUACAUGCCAAACACAUACUAUAGGUCUACAUGCACAUAGGCCCUGAUUAAAUAUGCUGACAUUCUGUUUCUCAGGCUAAAAACUAUGUCAAAAGCCUUCCCAAAGUGCAAAAGAAAGACCUUCAGGCGCUCUUUUCCAAAGUCAACCCACAGGGUAAGACUAUCACCAUCAUAUGUCAUGUAUAGUGAAUCUGCAGUAUCCCAUCGUCAUGACAAUGUCUACUGUUCCUAUGUCUGCUGUCUUUAUCUCUCUGUUUAGAUGUAUGCAUUCCCUCUCUUAGGUGUAUUGAGACUCUGAUGAUGCACUUUAAAUUAAAUUUGACUUGAUUUUAUUCUAUAUCUCCCUUCCCCUUCAUCUCCAGCGGUGACAGUUAUAGAGCGCAUGCUGCUGCUGGACCCAGAGAGUAGGGUGACGGCGGCAGAGGCCCUCGCCCUGCCAUACUUCUCAGAGUACAGAGAGCCAGAAGAGGAGACUGAGGCCCAGCCAUACGACCACUCUGUAGACAACUCUGACCUGCCUCUGGAGCAGUGGAAACGUAAGGAGGAGGGGAAGGCUGGGACAAAACCCAGGGUUUAUUCAUUAGGCUCCAAAUGGAAGAAAAUGUACUGAAACAGGGAGGAUUACCUGGACUUGUCCAUUAGAAGCGCUCGUUUUCUGUUGCAAAACGUUUUGCUACUGUGUGCCCUAAUGAAUACGAUCCCAGGACAGAGGUGAGGAGGUGUCAACAGGGACCAGUUUGUUUUCAUUGGUUAACAUUAUAACAUUAAACCACUAUUUAAGGCAUUUUUAAAGGAUAUCCAGACAAGUUCUUGUUUGGUAUGACAGAGUCAGGCCUCUCUGGAACAGGGACUUACAUUUGCUAUAUGUGUUGCUGAUGGUUUUUACAAUGAGCUACUGCAAUACGCAUAUUUUCAGGAUUUCAUUCUCUUCCAUGAAUUGCAAUGAUAGCCUUCUGUAUGUAAACACUGACAUGUUAUGUAUCUGUCUUCUCUUUCUCUCUUCCUCCUUCUGUUUGUUUACAGGUCACACGUUCACAGAGAUCCUGUCAUUCCAGCCCAUAGUGGUAGAGUCCAGGGAAACCGCACUGUAAGAUGAAGCAUCGCACAUGGAAAACAACCCCCCUCCCACCAUUUUUACAAGUGUGUCAUCCUCUGUUCAAUCAACAUUCUCAGUCCAUCAUGUUGUGUGUGUGUGUGUGUACUUUUUCAGACAUUUUCACACCACUGUGUUGUUGCGUCCUAUAUAAAGCCCUUGUCAAGACAUAUUUGACAAAAAGGAUGUUUCCUUGUGUAUGUAGCUGUGUAGUCUAAAUGUGUCUGUGACCACUACUGAUGUUUCCUCAACCUUAUAAUUCCCUCUUAUUGCCUUAAUGAUAGAACAAUAGCAUACAGCCAAACAACAUCUGAAAACCAUUUACUAAACGGUACGCACAAAAGCAGUAUUUCACAUUCUUUUUGUGCCAAGGAAUGCACACACAUAAAAAACAUUUGUAGCCUGUAAAAUGUUGCGCAAAAAAACAGUUUGUAUAUUUGCCAUUUACUGUAAUUUUCCUUACACUGGAUAUGUAUUUUUUAUUAACUCAUUUGUUCCAGAAAAUUCUAUGCAAAUCUUAUGCCAUUAGGCUACUAACCCUAAUAUGUAAUCCAUAUUGCUUUUUUUUUAUGUAUUGAAAAGUAAGUUUUAUUUUCGGUCACAAGGGAACAUACAGUGAGUGCUCUGCCUAUAAUAAAACAAGGCAACAAUAAACAUGUCGUCCCCCAUGAAUGAUGCAGCGCCCCCCAAAUUGGGAUAUCGCGUGUACCCACAGAUUAUCCAUUAUUGACCAGAUACUCAAGUGGCCGCUCUAACAAUGAAAAUCAAUGUCUUCAAAAAUGGAAGGCAGUUAGCCUGGGUACCAGUCCAGGUCUUGACAUUCAGGUACAUUUGCCAGUGGCACACCAGGAUCACAGCAAAGCAAGUUAUAUUCAAUUGUUGGUGAUUUCAUGUUUCAUUUGCAGUCUGGACAAGUGUCAUAUAUUAUAGCCAGCCAUAAAAUCGGAUAUUUACACUGAUUGUUUGGAAAACCAAAAUAAAACCAUCCCCCCUCUCAAUGUUGACAUAUAGCUUAUAUUAAACUGUUUAAAAUGUAAUGUUCCCCUCUAGAAAUGAGCCCAAUAACAUAUUGAUGAAAAGCAAUAUCUUUAGGUACAUAGUCCUCAGGCAGGUGUGCUAUUUUAGCAAUAAGCAUUGUCACCUGUCUGAUGCAGCAUCGUGUCUAAAUGGCUGAAGCAAUGGGGUUGCUCCUCUGCAUUGUUUACCACAGUGGGCUAAUCAUUAGCUAGAUAACGGACUCUAAAUAUGAUCUUGUUGCUUGUUUAAUGUCCUAAAAAGAACUCCCACUGGCACUAAUAAAAUCAUGGGAUUUUUACAGUGUUUAAUACAGUGUAAUUGUGUAUUUACAGUGAAUAAUAGGUCUACCAUUUAUGCAUUGGAAUGGCUGACACGCUUCCCGUGGUUACUUUUUUAAAUUGUCAUGCCAGACACUCAAGAUUGUAAAACGCUGCCAAUUGAAAAAUAAAUCAUACAGCACUGGAAAGCUGGGAUUCCGCUCUGUUCAAUAAUUGCCAUCAAAACAGUUGUAUUUGACUGAGAUUGCAUUUAGAAAUGUUGCACAGUGACUGGGAUUAUUACAGUACACAGUAUUGCGGCACAACCGGCAUUCAAGAUUGGUAAAAUAGGUACUACUAUUAUUUCACAUUUCCCACCAACACUGCAGAAUGUAACAAGGUGGUCUUGAUUUACCUUUCCUGACCUCUAGGAUCCUACAGUAUGUCCCCUCAAGUACCAGUGACGCACUCAGUACGGAAGUGGUCUGAUGAAGCAGACACGAGGCUACAUGACAGUUUUUCUAGUACAGACUGGGAUAUGUUCUGUGAUUCAUCCGAUAGCAUUGACGAGUUUACCACAUCAGUCAUGGGCUUCAUCAAUAAGUGUAUAGACGACGUCGUCCACAUAGUGACCGUACGUAGAUAUCCAAACCAAAAACCAUGGAUUACAGGCAAUUUCCACGCUGGCCUAAAGGCUAGAGCUACCGCUUACAAGGAACGGGACACGGACAUGGCACAUACAAGAAAGCCAGUUAUGACCUGCGACGAGACAUCAAACAUGCAAAAGGACAAUACGGGAGGAAGGUGGAAUCUUAUUACACCGGCUCCAACGCUCGUCGUAUGUAGCAGGGGUUGCAGAUGGAUUACAAAGGGAAACCUGUGAGAUGCCCAGUGAUGCAGAACUCCAAAAUGAGCUAAAUGCCUUUUAUGCUCGCUUUGAGGAAUAUGACACUGAGUCUUGCGUGAAAGCCUCUAUUGUUCCAGAUGACUGUAUGAUCUCGCUCUCCGUGGCCGAUGUUUGUUAAAACUUUUAAACAGGUUAAUACUCACAAGGCCGCCGGAAUACCUGGGUACGUUCUCAAAGCAUGCGCAGACCAGCUGGCAAGUGUCUUCACUGACAUUUUCAAUCUCUCCUUGUCCCAGUCUGUAAUCCCAAAGUUUCAAGCUGACCAUUAUUGUCCCUGUUCCCAUGAACUCCAAGGUAACCUUCCUAAAUGACUAUCGCCCUGUAGCACUCACAUCUGUAAUUAUGAAGUGCUUUGAAAGGCUGGUCAUGACACACAUCAACACCAUCAUCCCAGACACCCUGGACCCACUCUAAUUCGCAUACCGCCCCAACAGAUCCACAGAUUACACAAUCUCAAUUGCACUUCACACUGCCCUCUCCCAACUGGACAAGAGGGGAAAUAACUACAGUGCCCUCCACAAUUAUUGGCACCCCUGUUUAAGAUGUGGUCGAGGACUUCCAAAAAUUAUCCUUUUUUUUUAAACAACAUAGAACCCAAAUGCAAAAAAAAAGAAAAAUCCAACCUUUUAUUUAAGUACAUUACUUUGGUGUAAAAAAAAAAAUCACACAUUUAGAAAAAAAAAAACUUUAAAUCAUGUGUCCCACAAUUAUUGGCACCCCUGAUGUUAAUACUUUGUACAACCGCCUUUUGCCAACAAGACAGCACUUAAUCUCCUCCUAUAACAUUUCACAAGAUUGGAGAACACAGAGAGAGGGAUCUUUGACCAUUCUUCUUUGCACAAUCUUUCUAGAUCAUCCAGUGUCCUGGGUCCUCUCUUAUGCACUCUCCUCUUUAGCUCGCCCCACAGGUUUUCGAUUGGGUUGAGGUCUGGGGACUGAGAUGGCCAUGGGAGGACCUUGAGUUUGUGACUGCUGAACCAUUUUUGUGUAGAUUUUGCCACAUGUUUUGGAUCAUUAUCCUACUGAAAGACCCAAUGACGACCCAUCUUCAGCUUUCUGGCAGAGGCCAUCAGGUUUUUAUUUAAAAUGUCCUGGUAGUUCAAAGCGUUCAUAAUGCCAUGCACCCUAACAAGGUUCCCAGGGCCUUUGGAAGAGAAACAGGCCCACAGCAUCACAGAUCCUCCACCAUACUUCACGGUAGGCAUGAGGUGCUUUUCGGCAUACUCAUCUUUUGUUUUACGCCAGACCCACUUAGAGUGUUUGUUGCCAAAAAGCUCAAUCUUAGUCUCAUCUGACCAAAGCACACGAUCCCAGUUGAAGUCCCAGUGUCGCUUAGCAAACUCCAGACGUUUACGUUUGUGAGUGUUAGUGAGAAAAGGCUUUUUCCUUGCAUGCCUCCCAAACAGCUUGUUGGCAUGUAGAGAGCGUCUGAUGGUUGUUUUGGAGACUUUGUGACCCCAAGAUGCCACUCUUUGAUGCAAUUCUGUGACAGUGAGCUUAGGACUUUUUUUUACUUCUCUUACCAUCCUCCUCACUGUGCGUUGUGGCAAGAUAAACUUGGGACCUCUUCCAGCCUUGUUUGUCACUGUUCCAGUUGUUUUAAACUUCUUAAUGAUUCCUCUGACUGUAGAUACGGGCAAGUUAAGGCGAGUGGCUAUUUUCUUGUAGCCAUUGCCUGACUUAUGAAGGUCGACACAAAUCUGCCUUACUUGAAUGGUGUGUUCUCUUGUCUUUGCCAUGUUGACAAAUGGGUAAGAGAAUUAGGCCUCUGUGUCACGUCAUAUUUAUACCCCAGGGAAACAGGAAGUCAUGUAUUACUAAUUAAAAGUUCCUAGAUACCCUGACCAACUUUAGCAACUACAGAAAAAUAUAUUUUUAAAAAAAUCAAUUAAAAUUUUCAGCGGAAUUGUUAGGGGUGCCAAUAAUUGUGGGACACAUGAUUUCAAGUUUUUUUUUUCUAAAUGUGUGAUUUUUUUUUUUACCACCAAAGUAAUGUACUUAAAUAAAAGGUUGGAUUUUUCUAUUUUUUUGCAUUAGGCUUCUAUGUUGUUUAAAAAAAAAGGAGAAUUUUUGGAAGUCCUCGACCACAUCUUAAACAGGGGUGCCAAUAAUAGUGGAGGGCACUGUAUGUGAGAAUGCUGUUCAUAGACUACAGCUCAGCAUUUAACACCAUAGUCCCCUCCAAACUCAUCACCAAGCUGGGGACCCUGGGACUGAACACCUCUCUCUGCAACUGGAUCCUGGACUUCCAGAUGGGUCAGCCUCAAGUGGUGAGGUCAGGCAACAACACCUCCGCUUCUACCCCCAAGCCAUAAGACUGCUAAAUUGCCAUAAGACUGACUCUAUGCACACUCACAAGACUAUAUACUGUAUACACACUAUAUACACACUCACUCACACACUACACUGACACUCUCACACAAAACCCACACACAUUCACAUACACUACAUACGCAUACCGACACACAUCAUAUGCUGCUACUCUGUUCUUUAUUUUACUCUUAUUAUUAUCUAUCCUGAUGCCUGUUCACUUUACCCUGCCUUCAUGUACAUACAGUGCACUCGGAAAGCAUUCAGACCCCUUGACUUUUUCCACAUGUUGUUACAUUACAGCCUUUUUCUAAAAUUGAUUAAAUUGUUUUCCCCCCUUCAUCAAUCUACACACAAUACCCCAUAAAGACAAAGCAAAAACAGGUUUUUAGAAAUGUUGGCAAAUUUAUUCCGACCUUUUACUCAGUACUUUGUUGAAGCACUUUUGGCAGCGAUUACAGCCUCGAGUCUUCUUGGGUUUGACGAUACAAGCUUGGCACACCUGUAUUUGGGGAGUUUCUCACAUUAUUCUCUGCAGAUCCUCUCAAGCUCUGUCAGGUUGGAUGGGAUGCGUCACUGCACAGCUAUUUUCAGAUCUCUCCAGAGAUGUUUGAUCGUGUUCAAGUCCAGGCUCUGGCUUGGCCACUCAAGGACAUUCAGAGACUUGUCCAGAAGCCACUCCUGCGUUGUCUUGGCUGUGUGCUUAGGGUUGUUGUCCAGUUGGAAGGUGAACCUUCUCUCCAGUCUGAGGUCCUGAGCGCUCUGGAGCAGGUUUUCAUCAAGGAUCUCUCUGUACUGUGCUCUGUUCAUCUUCCCCUCGAUCCUGGCUAGUCUCCCAGUCCCUGCCGCUGAAAAACAUCCCCACAGCAUGAUGCUGCCACCACCAUGCUUCACCGUAGGGAUGGUGCCAGGUUUCCUUCAGAUGUGACUUUUGACAAUCAGGCCAAAUAGUUUUCAUCAGACUGGAAAAUCUUUAGGUGCCUUUUGGCAAACUCCAAGCGGGCUGUAAUGUGCCUUUUUCUGAGGAGUAGCUUCCAUCUGGCCACUCUACCAUAAAGGCCUGAUUGGUGGAGUGCUGCAGAGAUGGAUGUCCUUCUGGAAGGUUCUCCCAUCUCCACAGAGGAACUCUGGAGCUCUAUCAGAGUGACCAUCGGGUUCUUGGUCAACUUCCUGACCAAGGCCCUUCUCUCCCGAUUGCUCAGUUUGGCUGGGCGGCCAGCUCUAGGAAGAGUCUUGGUGGUUCCAAACUUCUUCCAUUUAAGAAUGAUAGAGGCCACUGUGUUCUUGGGGACCUUCAAUGCUGCAGGCAUUUUUUAGUACCCUUCCCCAGAUCUGUGCCUCGACACAAUCCUGUCUCGGAGCUCUACGGACAAUUCCUCCGACCUCAUGGCUUGGUUUUUGCUCUGACAUGCACUGUCAACUGUGGGACCUUAUACAGUGGCUUGCGAAAGUAUUCACCCCCCUUGGCAUUUCUCAUAUUUUGUUGCCUUACAACCUGGAAUUAAAAUGGAUUUUUGGUGGGUUUGUAUCAUUUGAUUUACACAACAUGCCUACCACUUCGAAGAUGCAAAAUAUUUUUUAUUGUGAAACAAACAAGAAAUAAGACAAAAAAACAGAAAACUUGAGCGUGCAUAACUAUUCACCCCCCAAAGUCAAUGCUUUGUAGAGCCACCUUUUGCAGCAAUUACAGCUGCAAGUCUCUUGGGGUAUGUCUCCGCCCCAUCACCGUCCACCCCUCCUCUCCUCUACCGCCCCAUCACCGUCCACCCCUCCUCUCCUCUACCGCCCCACCACUGACCACCCCUCCUCUCCUCUACCGCCCCACCACCGACCACCCCUCCUCUCCUCUACCGCCCCACCACCGACCACCCCUCCUCUCCUCUACCGCCCCACCACCGACCACCCCUCCUCUCCUCGAUAACCCACCGCCUACACCCCACCGACCACCCCUCCUCUCCCCUACCCCCCACCCUACCACCCCCCCACACACCCACCACCCCCCCCUCCUCCCACCCCUCCUCUCCCUACCCCACCCACCACCACCUCCCUCUCCUCUCCCCCACCUACCACCCCCCCUCCUCUACCGCCCCACCACUGACCACCCCUCCUCUCCUCUAACCGCCCCACCACUGACCACCCCUCCUCCUCUCCUCUCACCGCCCCACCCACCGACCACCCCUCCUCUCCUCUACUACCGCCCACCACCCCCACCACUCACCCCUCCUCUCCCUCUAACCCCCCCACCACUGACCCCCACCCCCACCCCCCCCUCCUCUCCUCUACCGCCCCACCACACCACCCCUCCUCUCCUCUACCCCCCCCACCCACGACCACCCUCCUCUCCUCUACCCUCCUCUACCCCCCCCACCGACCACCCCUCCUCUCCUCCCACUACCACCCUCCUCUACCUCGCCCCACCACCGACCACCCCUCCUCUCCUCUCUACCGCCCCACCACGACCACCCCUCCUCUCCCUACCACCACACCACUACCACCCCCACCCUCCUCUCCUCUACCGCCCCCAACCACCCACCGACCACCCCCCCCUCCUCUCCCUACCGCCCCACCACGACCACCCCCCCUCCUCUCCUCCAACCCACGACCACCCCUCCUCUCCUCUACCCCCCCACCCUGACCACCCCCUCCUCUCCUCUACCGCCCCACCACUGACCACCCCUCCUCUCCUCUCAUCGCCCCACCACUGACCACCCCCCCUCCUCUCUCAUAUACCCCCCCCACCACACUGACCACCCCCUCUCCUCUACCCACCCCGACCACCCCUCCUCCCUCCGCCCCACCACUGACCACCCCUCCUCUCCUCUACCCAUACCAAACGCUCCCCAACACCGCCACCCACUACCCUCUCCUCUACCGCCCCACCACGGCCACCCCACUCCUCUCCCUCUGCCCCACCCCCCACCCUCCUCCCCCCCCCACACCACCACCCCCCCUCUCCUCUACCCUAUAACCUCCCCCAACACUGACCACCCUCCUUCCUCUACACCCCUCCGCCCCACCACCGCCACCCCUCCCCCCUACCGACCAACACCCUCCUCUCCUCUUCCCCCACCACCCCCCACCCCUCCUCUCCCACCGCCCCACCACCGCCACCCCCCUCCCUCCCUCUACCCCCACCACCAAGUAUCCAAAAAUGUCAUCAGUGCGCCUUUUACAGUUGAUGAUACUGCUCUUAAAAUAGUUGUUCUCUCAUCUGUAAAAUAAAUAUCCAGAACUGAUUAGUGUUAUUAGUGGUCCAAAGUUUGGAUGGCUGCCCGUACACUGUGUAUGCCUGACUCUAUCUGUAUAUGUGUGUACUGUAACUCUAUACUGUAUAUUUAAUGUCUCACAGGAGCAACAAACAGCCUGUUAUUUGUGUACUUGAUGUACACCAUGUGACUAUGUGCUUGGUUCCAGAUGUUUGAGCCUAUCUGGGAUCCAGAUCUAGAGAGAGCGAGGCGUUCUGUGGCUAGUUUACAGCAGCCUGCUUUUCCUCAUACAUGACUGCAUGUGUUGUGUACAGUACUGUAAUAUAAAGGCAGAGUGAUUGGUGUUCUGUAAGUGAAAAGAGAUGUAUACUGAAAAGACCAAGAGUAAAGUCAUAAGCAGUGUUGCCAUGUACACAAACUGGGCAUUUACUGUAGUGGUGCUCUGUAAAUGUAGUAAAUAUUAAAUAUUAGGGUUGCUACACUCUUAGAAAAAAGGGUUCCAAAAGGGUUCUUCGCUGUCCCCAUAGGAGAACCCUUUUUGGUUCGGGGUAGAAACCUUUUUGGUUCCAUGUAGAACCCUCAGUGGAAAGGGUUCUACACGGAACCCGAAAGGGUUCUACCUGGAACCAAAAGAGUUCUACCUGGAACCAAAAAGGGUUAUUUAAAUGGUUCUCCUAUGGGGACAGCUGAAGAACCCUUUUAGGUUCUAGAUUGCACCUUUUUCCCCCUAAGAGUGUAUAUGCUGUGAUGCACAGUACUUUUCCAGAAAUAUCUGUCCAACAGAGCCCAGGAAUGCACAAUGUUCCAACAUCGCGUAACCAUUUCCCAGGACUGUAUUUGUGUUUUCUGGGUAUUUGUUUGGGACUGAAUAUGCCUGUGUUUAUUGUCCGUGAGGGUUUAUUUUUCCAUUUGCAGUAUUAUUGUGCGUAUGUGUGCAUACGUCUGUGCGUCUGUAUUUGUCAAGUAGAUCUCACUCUGAAAUUCCCCUGAUGUAAUGUGGCCUGGCUCUCUCUCUCUCUCUCUCUCUCUCUCUCUCUCCUCUCUCUCUCUCUCUCUCUCCUCUCCUCUCUCCUCUCUCUCUCUCUCUCUCUCUCUCUCUCUCUCUCUCUCUCCUCUCUCUCCUCUCUCUCUCUCUCUCUCUCCUCUCUCUCUCUCUCUCUCUCUCUCUCCUCUCUCUCUCUCUCUCUCUCUCUCUCAUGCUCUCUCUGAGAUGUACAGGGGGAACCACACUUGUCUGUGGCUCCUUUGAAGGAAUCACUGGGCUAGCCAGGCAGGCGGAACAGGGGGGGAAAUUCCACAGGCUCACAUGUUCCCUGUGAACCAACCCACCAGUUUGGCUAUGGGGAUCUUCUCCUCCAGCUCCCCUGACCUUAGUGGAGGUGUCAGGGUUGCGGAGAGGGGGUACUAUAGGGGUACAGACGGAGGAAGAUGGGGUAAGAAGAGGUGGGAGAGAAGGGAACGAUGGGGGAAGUAGAGACAAGCGAGAAGGGAAAGUGCAGGGAAAUAUGGGGGGAGAGGAGGAAAUAUUGGGAAGAGGGAAAAGAUGGGGGGAAGUGAGAUGGAGGAAGAGGAAGGGGGCCCCCCAUAUAGGACAAGGUCCCAGGGAGGGCCAAUGGUAUCUCCACUCUACAGGGAGUUGUUUCAUUCACAUCAGCUCAUUCAUUAGCUGGCCUCCCUCUGUCAAGCACUCAAGUGUGCAGCAUGCCACUGUGUCUGAUUGUGUUCACAUGGAACAAUUACUUAGGAAGAAGCUCUAUGGACAUAGAAGUAUCUGCUAGAUGUUGUUGAUGUAUGGACUUGUAUAGUGUGUCCCAAAUGACACUCUGUUCCCUAUAUAGUGCACUACUUUGACCAAAAGUAGUGCACGCCAUAUGGAAUAGGGUGCCAUUUGGGACACAGCCAUGGUGGAGGUACAGUAUGUGCUGGUGAAGAGCACUCACUUUUAUGGGGCCUACAGUUUAUGGAGUGGGAUAAAGUUCCACUUUUAGCCAAAGAUCGAAAGUGUCAAGGUUUGAAACACAGUUUACGUUUAAAGUCAAGGUCAACACAGAGUCUCAUAUUGCAGUUGGCUUACCACAGAGAAGGGAAAAUGUUGGGCCUGCUUCUAUUUGUUCUGGUGUGUGGUGAGGAUUUUGGAUAUCCUGCAUCUGUUUCUCACUGAGUGCAUUGAAUACAGCUGUCAGGAAGAGCAGAAUAUUCUUCGAACUCAAUUAAGCAACUGUGGCGUUUUUGCAGCUAUUGUGGAGGGCCUUUCCUUUGGUUUUGCAGUUUUUCUGGAUGAUGUUAUAUUCACUCAGUUCCUAUUAUAGAUCAGAAUGUAAGUGUGAGAUGUGGUAGAGUCAGUUGGUAGAGCAUGGCGUUUGCAACGGCAGGGUUGUGGGUUCGAUUCCCACGGGGGGUAUGAAAAAUAAUAAUGUAUGCACUCACUAACUGUAAGUCGCUCUGGAUAAGAGCGUCUGCUAAAUGACUAAAAUGUAAAUGUGAAUUAUUGAGAUCUACAGGUAACUGCCAAAAUAAUGGAAACACUUGAGUAAAUGAGGGAUACAAAGUAUAUUGAAAGCAGGUGCUUCCACACAGGUGUGGUUCCUGAGUUAAUUAAGCAAUUAACCUCCCAUCAUGCUUAGGGUCAUGCAUAAAAAUGCUGGGCAGGCCAUUAUUUUGGAUACUGAGGCUAUGCCCCAAUAGGAUGGCAAUGCACCCAACCACAAGGCACGAGUGGUCACUGAAUGGUUUGAUGAGCAUGAAAACGAUGUAAACCAUAUGCCAUGGCGUCUCAGUCACCAGAUCUCAACCCAAUUGAACACUUAUGGGAGAUUCUGGAGCGGCGCCUAAGACAGCGUUUUCCACCACCAUCAUCAACAAACACUAAAUUAUGGAAUUUCUUGUGGAGGAAUGGUGUCACAUCCCUCCAAUAGAGUUCCAGACACUUGUAGAAUCUAUGCCAAGGUACAUUGAUGCUGUUCUGGCUCGUGGUGGCCCAUCCCUAUUAAGAAGCUUUAUGUUGGUGUUUCUUUUAUUUUGUCAGUUACCUGUAUGUGUGUGGCCCAAUGGUUAUGGUACACAAUUAGAUUCAGACUAUCACGGGGCAACGACUCCUGCCUCAAUCCAUCAGUUUAUGCAAUAUCAGAUCAUCCAAACACAUUGGAACCUUUUGCUUUAUUGUAUACUGCCAAAUAUUAAAUGGUGUGAAAUUGGAUUACAAGGUAUUAACACAUAUUCCAACUUCUGUGAAAUUACACAUUAUGGACACCAAUAGUUCAGCCUAGCUGUGUCCAAUCAUCUGCCAAGAUGAGACCCCCCCCCCCCCCUUGUGGGUUCAUCUUAUUUACAGCCUGGCGAAGACCUUUGUGUCGAAUCGUUGCACAGUAGACCUACUGGAGCAAUCAACAGUGUGCAGGUAUUUACAUUUUAUUUAUUUAGCAGACGAUCUUAUCCAGAGCGACUUACAGUUAGUGCAUUCAUCUUAAGAUAGCUAGGUUGGACAACCACAUAUCACAAUCAUAGUAAGUAAAACAAUUCUCAAAGUAGCUAUCAGCAAAGUCAGAGCUAGUAAGGGGGGGGGGGGGGGGAGUGCGAGUUACAGUGAGCUCACAAGGUAUUGAGACAGUGACACACUCUUUUUAUCAGUUUACUUAUUGUACCCUGCACCUGCAUGUUACUGGAUUUGCAUACUUUAAAACGUAUUUAGUGAACAUAUUUACCUAAUUUGGGACGACAUACAGGGAUUACUUACGUAACAGCCGUGGCAAGUAUUUGGAGGAACAAUAGUAAAUCAUGAUUGAUUUUAUGGUCAAGUGGACUUAUGGCCUGCUGACCCCGGAGCAGACCCCAGGCUUCCGUAUGUUUUCCCUCACCAAGGGUAACCUAACGUAGCAGGUGUUAAAGAAACGCCUGAAACUAGAUCCCCUACAUACUGGUCUUGACCAGAAGAAAAUAAAAAUGUCAGGGGAGGUUCUCUUCUGCACUGUUCAAUCAAUCCAGUAAAUGUGGAGGAGAAGUUAAGAUGGAGUGUCACCUUGUUAAUGUCCAAAAGCGGAAGUUGAGUCACAGGCUCUCUUUCCAUUUCCCCUGAAAACUGGAAUAUCCAGUAGCUAGGACUGUUUCUGGUCAAAUAGACCUUCAACCGGUGCCAGGCCAGCCAUGUUCAUGCUCUGUUACGUAAUGGAAUGCUAAGACACAACACCUUGACAUAGAUUUAAUUGUUAUUCUGAGUUUAUGCAGUUAUCGUGUUUAUAUCUGUUUUUUCGCCAAUUUGAUAAGAUAAACUGUUCUUUCACUCCCAAACCUAAUGCAAUGGUAAAUCUAAGCGCUGGCCAUAGCGCUAUAGGUCCAGGGGUGUGUCAGAAAUAUAUUUGCUAUUUUCACAGCUGGAAUUAUGAGCGCAAUAGCUGGCGGUUGCGCGAAAGGGCUGGGUUUUGAUGAAUAAACAAGUUUGAGGAGGGCUUGGCCAAUUAACACGUUCCAUGGCUUAAUACUGCAUGCAUGUGUCUCAAGUUCUAUAGAUUAUUGAAGGUCUUUUCAUCAACUCCAGAAUAUUCUCAUCCUGGUCCAUUGUGUAUUGAUAGCCUAAUACAGUUUAUUAAAUAACAUAGGCUACAGUAAUGAGGAAUAGCAACAGUAAAACAACAUCUAGUGUUUGCUCAAGAGCCUAUGUUUGGAGUGUUGGCAGUCAACAUCGUUGUAAUUGGCUUCAAUGAGCCUAGCCUACAUGUCUUUAUGUCAUCGCACUUCUCCUAAAAUAAAAAACACUAGACUCCCGUAAAUUGUAUUGUAUGUGUGAUGCACGUUCUCAAUAAGCAAAAUAUAGUCUAGGUCUACCAUUAAUAGUGCAUUAUAGGACAGAAUAAUUUAAAUAAGUUUGGAGGAGUGCACCUUUGGUAACCGGAUGAAAUGUGCUCUUUGGAGAUGUGGAUGGAUACUUGAACAAGUGAAAGGAAGUAUACAGGUAGGCAUAUGUGUGUGUAUGUUUUAGGAUGUGCAGUAUAUUUUCAAUUCAAGACACUCUGACGAAUAGACCAUUUAAACACCAUUUAUGGAUAGGCUACUUUGCAAGGCCAGGAUAAAAAAGACACAAUGCAUUACUGUUGAACCAGCCUUAGUGCCUUCAGAAAGCAUUCAUACCGCUUGACUUAUUCCACAUUUUGUUGUGUUGCGACCUGAAUUCAAAAUGUAUUAAAUAUAUUUUUUUGUCUCACCCGUCUACACACAAUACCCUGUAAUGACAAAGUGAAAACAUGGUUUUAGAAAUUUUAGCAAAUACAGAAAUAGUAUCGUGGACUAACUACAAUGUUGUUGAUCCAUCCUCAGUUUUCUCGUAUCACAGCCAUUAAACUCUGUAACUGUUUUAAAGUCACCAUUGGCCUCAUGGUGAAGUCCCUGAGCGGUUUCCUUCCUCUCCGGCAGCUGAGUUAGGAAGGACGCCUGUAUCUUUGUAGUGAAUGGGUGUACUGAUACACCAUCCAAAGUGUAAUUAAUAACUUCACCAUGCUCAAAGGGAUAUUCAAUGUCUGCUUUUUUAUUUUUUACCCAUUUACCAAUAAGUGCCCUUUGCCAGAUAUUGGAAAACCUCCCUGGUCUUUGUGGUUGCAUCUACAGUACCAGUCAAAAGUUUGGACACACCUACUCAUUCAAGUUUUUUUUAACAUUGUAGAGUAAGAGUGAAGACAUCAAAACUAUGAAAUAACACAUAUGGAAUCAUGUUGUAACCAAAAAAGUGUUAAACAAAUCAAAAUAUAUUUUAUAUUUGAGAUUCAUCAAAUAGCCACCCUUUGCCUUUGCCCACUCUUGGCAUUCUCUCAACAAGCUUCACCUGGAAUGCUUUUCCAACAGUCUUGAAGGACUUCCCACAUAUGCUGAGCACUUGUUGGCUGCUUUUCCUUCACUCUGCCGUCCGACUCAUCCCAAACCAUCUCAAUUGGGUUGAGGUCGGAUGAUUGUGGAGGCUAGGUCAUCUGAUGCAGCACUCCAUCACUCUCCUUCUUGGUACAAUAGCCCUUACACAGCCUGGAGAUGUGUUGGGUCAUUGUCCUGUUGAAAAACAAAUGAUAGUCCCACUAAGCCCAAACAAGAUGGGAUGGCGUAUAUCGCUACAGAAUGCUGUGGUAGCCAUGCUGGUUAAGUGUGCCUUGAAUUCUAAAUAAAUCACAGACAAUGUCACCAGCAAAGCACCCCCACACCAUAACACCUCCUCCCCCAUGCUUUAUGGUGGGAACUACACAUGCAGAGAUCAUCCGUUCACCCACACCGCGUCUCACAUAGACACAGCGGUUGGAACCAAAAAUCUCCAAUUUGGACUCCAGACCAAAGGAUACAUUUCCACCGGUCUAAUGUCCAUUGCUCCUGUUUCUUGGCCCAAACAAGUAUCUUCUUCUUAUAAGUGUCCUUUAGUAGUGGUUUCUUUGCAGCAAUUCGACCAUGAAGGCCUGAUUCACACAGUCUCCUCUGAACAGCUGAUGUUGAGAUGUGUCUUUUACUUGAACUCUAUGAAGCAUUUAUUUGGCUGCAAUUUCUGAGGCUGGUAACACUAAUGAACGUAUCUUCUGCAGCAGAAGUAACUCUGGGUCUUCUAUUCCUGUGACGGUCCUAAUGAGAGCCAGUUUCAUCAUAGCGCUUGAUGGUUUUUGCGACUGCACUUGAAGAAACUUUCAAAGCUAUGGAAAUGUUCCGUAUUGACUGACCUUCAUGUCUAAAAAUAAUGAUGGACUGUCGUUUCUCUUUGCUUAUUUGAACUGUUCUUGCCAUAACUAUGGACAUGGUCUUUUACCAAAUAGGGAUAUCUUCUGUAUAACCCUGUUAGACAGGUAAAUAGCCAAACCUGCCGUUAUUUUGCUGUGCAUAGAAUGGCGUCAUGAUUGCAUUCAGAUGUGUGGCCCAGAGCUCUGACGUCAUGUAUAGCAUGUUACUGUCCAGCCACUGAGUUCCAAUUUAGGCGCUUAUCAGUCUCCAAAUCUACAAAUUUUCAACCCGUAUAUGGGUGCAAGUGUAAAGGGCUACACUUAAAUUACGUAAGCUUUCACGAUCUUCAAAGUCUCUCUAGCUUGACACAUUGAGAGUGGAAGAUUGCUUUCAGUCGUACGGCCUUACAGUCUUACGGAAAGUGAGUAGAAACAGAAGAGUUUGCGUUUUUCUCCCUUACUAAAGCCAUCCUUCACUGAAUUAGGAAAUAAGGGAAACUCAUGCAGACACACAUGCAGUGGUGGGGUGGUGUUGGAGGAGGGAGGGCUGAGGCAGAACAGUGAGGCUGAGCUCUGGGGGUGGUUGUGGUGGUGAUAACUGGAGGUGGUGUCAGUGUCGGGAUAUUUUCUGUUUUCUGUUUUUUUUGCUGAGGAUGCCAGCGAGCUCUGUGGUUCAGACUGACUGGGCUGCAGGCCCACAGACAGGCCUCUGACAGACUCAUCAUGGCUGCCCACAUGGUUAAGGAAACACUGAACCAGAAUCUGGCCUUACAGGAGACAAUGAUAUGGCUAAUCUCUUUUAAGCCCAGGAAGCAGUCAUUCAACAUGCCAUUUACUAGCUUUUCAAGCUUAAUAAUAUCAAAAUACAUUUGUUAUUCACCAAUUAGCAACUAUCGUCAUUUACUGCCGUCACGGCCGGUAUGUCCUUCCAGAAAACGUCUAAAUAAAAAGUUACAUGCAACUGAAAAUAUUCCUCUUCUACACAGUAGACCACACAGUAGACCACACAGUAGACCACACAGUAGACAAUUGACAAAAUAUUUUUGGGGGAUAAGAUACCUUUUAUUGUUAUCACACAGGUGGAAUAAAGAACAGUUCUUAUUUCAAACAACAACCGGUCAACUUUGUUUCUAUGCAAUGUAAUUAAUAUUCAAUAAUUACCAUCAAUGUUAUUACCAUGUCAGUACAUGGGUUCAGCACAUUAUAAAAGGGCCAUUUUAGGUUUAGGAUCCAGCUGAGAUUUAUCUUCAACUUUAACAGAGAGCUCUGUACCAAUAGGUAACCAAUAUGGUUUACGAGUUUCAACCAAUAAGAGGACUUCUUGAAUUUAUAGUGCCUUAUCACUUCUGAUCCUCAAAUGUUAUUUACUUUGGUUUAAAGCUGUUAUUAAUCUCUCUCUUCAGAAACCUCUUCCUCUAAAGCAGGGAUGGGCAACUUUGAUGGGGGUGGGGGCCACAAAUGAAAGGAACUCAUCAUGAGGGGCCGCAGUGGCUCAUCAUGAGGGGCCAUCUGCGUGCCCACGAGCUCCACCCACCUUGAGAGCAAAACAUUUUAACGGCCCCCCUCGUGACAGCGAAAAUACAUUUUUUUAGUUUAAAAGUUAAUUUCCUGCAAUUCUACACAUUUUGCCGUUGGGUGUAGACAAAAUGAUUCCGUUUUAAAGCAAGUUUGCUGCAAUUCUACACAUUUUGCCAUGGGGUGGAGGCAACUGCUUGCAGUUUUUAAUAUGAUAACUGAUGAUCAAUGGGCCCCACCGCAGUCGGUAAUUCGACCAUGCUUUCUACAAGUUUAGAUAGCCGGCCGCUAAACUAAUUUACCAAUCUAAAAAAAAAUAAGGUGACACGGGCUAAUUGAGUGACUGCUGAUGCACAACCAAAUUUCAUAAUUGCACCAUGUGUAUUCUGUUAUUCUAACUCUCAACAGUAAGUUGAGACCCUGAAUGAGUUCCAUUUAUUUUAAUUUUAUUUUUAAUUGUUCCACGGGCCUACAAAAGGGGGGCAUGCUCUAAAGUGUUCUUUUCCAGAUCGAUUGUACUGGAGGGAGGUGAUAUGAGGUCCUUCUGUGGGUUGGGAGAGGAAGGUGUGUGUGUGUGUGUGUGUGUGUGUGUGUGUGUGUGUGUGUGUGUGUGUGUGUGUGUGUGCGUGCGUGCGCAUGUGUAUGUGCAUCCAUGUGUGUGUGGUGGCAGAUAUGCAGGGUUAUAAAUUCACAGGAUGUUUUUAGGGAAUGCUGUGGGGUGACCCCGGUCCCCUGUACACACUCAAGUACUCCCCAUGAUGAUGUGGUUAAAUCGACAUGAUGCUCUGGUGGCCUCUUGGUGAUGUGGAGCAUAAUAUAUGCUCUGUAGGGAUACAGGGUGCAUGCAUAGGCCUAUUAUUCAUUCAGUCGAUGAUAUAUAUAGACUAUACUGUAUAUACAAAAGCAUGUGGACACCGCUUCAAAUUACUGGAUUUGGCUAUUUCAGCCACACCCGUUGCUGACAGGCCACACAAGCUCACAGAAUGGGACCGCCGAGUGCUGAAGCGCGUAGCACGUAAAAAUCAUCUGUCCUCGGUUGCAACACUCACUACCAAGUUCCAAACUGCCUCUGGAAGCAAUGUCAGCACAAGAACUGUUCGUCAGGAGCUUCAUGAAAUGGGUUUCCAUGGCCAAGCAGCUGCACACAAGCCUAAGAUCACCAUGCGCAAUGCCAAGCAUCGGCUGGAGUGGUGUAAAGCUCACCGCCAUUGGACUCUGGAGCAGUGGAAACGUGUUCUCUGGAGUGAUGAAUCACGCUUCACCAUCUGGCAGUCCGAUGGACGAAUCUGGGUUUGGCGGAUGCCAGGAGAACGCUACCUGCCCCAGUGCCAACUGUAAAGUUAGGUGGAGGAGGAAUAAUGGUCUGGGGCUGUUUUUCAUGGUUCCGGCUAGGCCCCUUAGGUCAAGUGAAGGGAAACCUUAAUGCUACAGCAUACAAUGACAUUCUAGAAGAUUCUGUGCUUCCAACUUUGUGGCAACAGUUUGGGGAAGGCCCUUUCCUGUUUCAGCAUGACAAUGCCCCGUGCACAAAGUGAGGUCCAUACAGAAAUGGUUUGUCGCAAUCGGUGUGGAAGAACUUGACUGGCCUGCACAGAGCCCUGACCUCAACCCCAUCGAACACCUUUGGGAUGAAUUGGAACGCUGACUGCGAUCCAGGCCUAAUCGCCCAACAUCAGUUGGGGUGGGACCAACUCCAUAUUAAUGCCCAUAUCCAUAUACUUUUGGUCAUGUAGUGUACCUUACGUAGGCUAAUGGAAGUUCUUCUGCUUGCCUUGAAGAAGAAGAAACAGUGAAAGAAGAUUGAACCUGUUCAUGUCUUUUUUGCUGCACAAUUGUAAUGAUUUUUACUUGAACUAUGUACUAAAGAAAAACAUUAAGGUUCCUUUAACUUGAAAUAACGUUUGCUUAAAAUAACAUAUUCAGCAGCAUAAGUGCAUGGUGGGGUCUAGGUGUUGUGUUGAAUCCAUUGUUGCUUGCAACAAAAACUCAGGUUUGAUCAACUCAAUAAUGAACAGGCGCGUGCAUGCUGAAAGCACAUUUGGAGCUGGGGAUAUCCUUUGUUUUGCUCUUCAGAGUAUCCUUGAAUAAGAAGACGGACCCACUUUUGUUUGAAUCGGGGGUGUCCCUCCCUCCACGAUGCAUGUGACAAAAACACUGACCGGCCCCCUUCAAUUCCCAUGGAUCGACCUACAGAACCUCCGCUUCAAGACAUCUGUUCCUUUCUAACAGAGCGCGCCCCCGUUUCCAGAGCUGUGACGGAACGACUGACUCUCGUGGUCCCCCGACUGGUGAUUUCCACGUUGACUCAAACUCACCCUGCUCUUCUUUUCGCAGUUUGUAGACCAGAGGGAAUUGGAACGAGGAUUUUUCCUCCUCCCCAUCACUCUUGUUCGAGCAGAGUCACCACCGAGCGUCAAAAGCCCGGUGCCAUUGAGUAGCCGAUUUCUUUUUGUCUGCCCUCUAGCAGGGGGUUUCGCAUCCUCCGCGUCUGGCUUGGAUGGGAAACGACAACGAAGGGCGAAUGAAAAUAACGUGGUUUCUGAUGUUUGUAUAUUUUGCGCUUCUGAACAUUUAAUUCCUCGAAUUCAGUCAUCGUUGAGAGACUACUGUGAUUAUGGAGUCGGUAGAAAAGGAGUGCGGAGCGUUGGGUGGAUUAUUCCAAGCUAUCGUCAACGACAUGAAGGUACCAGAGCUCGAUUAAUGUCGACAGGUUUUGCCGAUCUAUUGCAUUGAUGAUCAGACGCAAUUUACUGCCUUUGUUUCCUCUCCUAUUCCCUACCCCCUCACUGGCUAUGCAAUAGGAUAAAUUGUGAUAAAUAUUUUUCCUUUGUGUUAUUUGCCUGGAGUGGGCAGAUUUGUAGGGGGGCAGCUAUUCUGGUGACGACCAACAUUAGUCUGUCCUUGAAUAGAAUCAGGCUGUAUAUUUUUUUUAUGAGUUAAUAUUUGUAGGCUAUAGGCUACAUACUUUGUUAUGCAAAAUGUAUGUUAUACUAUUAUUAUCAAUAACUGAAUAAUAACUGAAUAAUGUCUGAAUAAAAAAGCCGGGGUUCCCAUUGACCCACCUCUUAAUCAGUCAUUGUUACAACCACUGUUAUUGUGGAUUUCUUGAUGGAUGUAUGACAGCUCCCUAACCUAAUCCAACAGACAAGACAAACAACCUAUAUAUCACCUCAACAGCUGGGAUGUGGACAUAUAAAGCAUGUGGCACACAUUGAUCACAGAACCCAUAACAUGUUUUUAGUGUGUGUGUGUCUGUGUGCCUACACAUUUUCCAGUGUCUAACAUCAGGCCAAUGAUGGAGAGAGGGGUUGAUUGAUCAAAUUUGGUGACCCCUUCUCAUCCAGGAAGGCACCUCUUUGACAAAGACAUCAUGUGUCAAAUCAUAUGGCCAUUUUGGCCACUAGGCCCUGGUCCCUAGUGGCCAUGGUCUGGCUCACGACACCAUAUGGCCACUGGCCAGUGUCCACCACCAAAGAUUGUGAUGUUUCUCUUUAUAUUUAGAUUAUGGGGGUUUUGGGGAAUGUGCAGCCAAGCUGGACAAGUGCACAUAGGUUGAGGCUGUGGCCUGGUUUGGUCUGUUGUACAAAAUAUGGAAAGUAUGAACAGGCAUGGUCAUCAGCCGUGGAGGAAGACAAGUUGGGUCGCUGCCAAGGAUUGUUGGGUCAUAUGGACUAGGACGAAAGUAACAUUUGUAGUUUUUUUCCUAAUUACUCAGAGAUCGAUAGAGCUAGAGACUCCAUAUUUUAUGACAAACAACUUAUAUAUGUCCUCUAUCAUUAGCAACUCUAAUUUAAUUUAUAGGAUGAAUUAGUUGAAAUUAAAUAGACAGAGAACAGAACUACUGUGCCGUUAUUUUUGUACCUGUUGGCAGGGCGGGAGUAACACAGCAUUGGGAUGGAACUAACAGCUGCACAAUAUCUGUCUUAUCUCCAUGUUUCUGGUUUGUAAUGCUCAUUACUUUCAACAAAUGUACUAUCGGCCAUAAUUUCAUGUUUGUGUCGAUUUUAAUAAUUUAUGCUAUAGGUUCAUAAUUUAUGAAAAUGAACCAUGCGUCAACAUCACAAUGUUGCGCAACCACAAUAUUUUUCCUUACAAUAUUAAUCGGACUAAAAUGGAUCACAUAAUAGCUAUAUUAACCAUAAUUUUCUCAUCUCACCUUAAUGGGAAUGUAGUAGGAGAUGUUUUUCAAAAUGUUCAAUGACUAUUCAUGCUUAGCCCUACCAAUCAGGUGCGCUCAAGCUUUAUUCUCUUCACAAACGGCAAACUCAUCAUGCUUAUCACAUAUCCAUGGCUUGACAGGUAAUUGACCCCCAGAAUAAUAAAAAAUACACUACAUGACCACAAGUAUGUGGACACCUGCUCGUCAAACAUCUCAUUCCAAAAUCAUGGGCAUUAAUGUGGAGUUGGUCCCCCCUUUGAUGCUAUAAUAGCCUCCACUCUUCUGGGAAGGCUUUCCACUAGAUGUUGGAACAUUGCUGCGGGCACUUGCUUCCAUUCAGCCACAAGAGCAUUAGUGAAGUCGGGCACUGAUGUUGGGUGAUUAGGCCUGGCUCGCAGUCGGCGUUCCAAUUCAUCCCAAAGGGGUUCGAUGGGGUUGAGGUCAGGGCUCUGUGCAGGCCAGUCAAGUUCUUCCACACCGAUCUCGACAAACCAUUUCUGUAUGGACAUCGCUUUGUGCACAGGGGCAUUGUCCUGAAACAGGAAAGGGCCUUCCCCAAACUGUUGCCACAAAGUUGGAAGCACGUAAUCAUCUAGAUUGUAAUUGUAUGCUGAGCGUUAAGAUUUCCCUUCACUGGAACUAAGGGGCCUAGCCCGAACCAUGAAAAACAGCCCCAGACCAUUAUUCCUCCUCCACCAAACUUUACAGUUGGAAACUAUGCAUGUCGGACAAUUUGUCCGUCGGACUGCCAGAUGGUGAAGUGUGAUUCAUCACUCCAGAGAACGCGUUUCCACUGCUCCAGAGUCCAAUGGCAGCGAGCUUUAUACCACUCCAGCCAAUGAUUAUCAUUGCUCAUGGUGAUCUUAGGCUUGUGUGCGGCUGCUCGGCCAUGGAAGCCCAUUUCAUGAAGCUCCCGACGAAUAGUUCUUGUGCUGACGUUGUUUCCAGAGGCAGUUUGGAACUCAAUAGUGAGUGUUGCAACCGAGGACAGACGAUUUUUACACGCUAUGCGCUUCAGCACUCGGUGGUCCCAUUCUGUGAGCUUGUGUGGCCUACCACUUCGCGGCUGAGCAGUUGUUUCUCCUAGACGUUUCCACUUCACAAUAACAGCACUUACAGUUGACCAGGGCAGCUCUAGCAGGGCAGAACAUUUGACGAACUGACUUGUUGGAAAGGUGGCAUCCUAUGACGGUGCCUUCAGUAAGGCCAUUCUACUGCCAAUGUUUGUCUAUGGAGAUUGCAUGGCUGUGUGCUCGAUUUUAUACACCUGUCAGCAACGGCUGUGGCUGAAAUAACCGAAUCCACUAAUUUGAAGGGGUGUCCACAUACUUUUAUAUAUAUAGUGUAUAUUUAACUACUAACCUGUCGAUAAAACCUUAUGUGAGAAGCUGAUCCAUUAAGUCAAUUGAUUAAAGCAUAAUUCUAAUUAUGUCAUAUAUAACUUUCAAACAUUUAGUCACUUGUUGAUAUUUUGCUAACAAUAUAAAAGCAAUAUGAACUAGAAGAGGCAAUGGCCUGUGCUUAAACGUUUUCUUUUAUUCCAUGUCAUCAAUUUACAUUGUGUUACUUUCGUCCCACCUGUCUCUAUUGUAACUUCCCCCAGGCUAACACCCAAGACUAGCUAGCAUGAUACUUGAAACCUAUGCUGUCAUUUAGUCACUAGAUGGGUUAAGAAAAUGACAUGUUUGGAACCUUAACAACUAAACAGAACUCUACAACCGACAAAUAUUUCCGGGUCCGUUUUUUUACUUACAUUGCUCAAAACCACUUUUUGUUGAUAACUCGUCGAAGCAUGGUCAGACUGGGCUGUUUUUUUGCAGGGAGGUCGUCCUCCACAUUAGGAACGUACUGACUUCACUACGUCAUUCUAGCUUCUGUGUUAUCUGAGAAAAAAGUUGUGUUACUUUCACCCUGUGUUACUUUCGUCCCGGCUCUCCCCUACUCACCAUAAAUAGGACUAGGAGUUUUUCCUGACCACAUAAUCUGGAAAACUCUGGGCUUUAGUUAUAAACUAUAUAAAUAUAGAAAGUGUCAUGAUCUGACCAGGAGGAACUCUGGACCCUAGUUAUAAACUAUAUAUAAAUCGUAUAUAUAGAAAGUGUGAGUAUAUAUAUAAUGAUUAUGUCCUUCCUCUCUAGGCUUGUAGCUCUGGUUCUAAAAAAGGAUUGUUCACACUGCAGGCCUUAAUGCUCAAAUAAUGUUUGUUUUUUUCAAAUCCAUUUUGGAAUACUGAAUAUCCAAACAGCAAGUUAAAAGUGACCAAAUCGGAUUUGUGUGUUUUCAAACAGCAGCCAACUGCCAGUGUGAACAAGGCUUAAGAGGCUGAGGCUCCAAUCCUGAAAUUAUAAAGGAGAAUUUGAAUUGAAUUACUUACCGGGCUAAAUAAAGGUUAAAUAAGGUCAUGUCAUUUAGAAAAACUUCUGGCCCUAAUAAUAAAGCAACAGGACCCACUCCAGUUCCUAUCAAACGUAUCUGUAUUCGUCUCUAAGUAGUAGUGCUGAUCUAGGACCAGGUCCCCCCUUUUCCAUUCAUUUUAAUCUAAAUGGCAAAACUGAUCCUAUAUCAGCACUCCUACCCUGAUCCCUGGUAUUGAUAAUCUACUCACAGUGUCUAACUGGCCAUGGCCACUCGAUACCCUCUAUUUAUGGGCCGUUAUUUGUCAAGCACUGUAAGACGCUCAAUGAGAUCAGCACUUAGUAUCAGCAUUUCAUACAUUUUUUGUCGUCGUCGUGUCUACGGGAGCAAAACAAGACUUGAAGAAAGGAACCUAUUGAUAAAUAGCUGGAAUCAAUGGGUCCAAAUUCAGAAAACCUUACUCAGCAGUCAGCAGAACUGGGUCGUAUUCACUGCCCUCAAAUUCAAAUCUGGACCUUGAAGCCAGUUCCACUGUAUUUGUUAAUUCUUCCCCUCUAAUCAGGGACUGAUUUAAACCUUGGACACCAGGUGGGUGCAAUUCAUAAUCAGGUAGAACAGAAAACCAGCAGUAGUCCAGACCUUGUAGGGUAAGAUGUUACAGGAGGGGGGUCGCAGUUCUGGAGCGAUCCACUAGGUGUCCUCCUCCGACAACCUUAGGCACCUCCUCAUUCACAGUCUGGACUAAUCAUGAUCCUAUUGGUGUCACCUGUGUCUACCUGUUCACCUGUGUAUUUAUGCCCUCACUUCCCUGUGUUCCCUUGCUCAGUUUUCUCUGCUAGUUUCUCUAUGCCCAGCAGUACUAAUCAGUGUCUGAUCGGAGACGUAUGUACAGGGACUUGAGAAGUGUUCUCCCUGUUUCUCUUCAUAGUUAGUAUUUCGUAUUUUGGCUGUCAGCCUGUUUUUGGAGACUUAUUUGCUCCGCCUUUCUUUUAUCGUGAUAAGUCUGUUAUUUUGUAUCCUGGCUUCGGGACCACCAGUAAAGAUCCUUGUUUCACCAUCUCUGCCUACUGCCUACUGUCUAUCCUGCACUGCACCUGGGUCACACCUCACACCAACCCUUACAGUAAAUUGAAUACCCCUUGCGCUAGGGCAUGCAAUAGAAAACGUUUUCAAGCGUUGCAACGGAUAAAGGAAAUUACAUUUCUUAUUGGACAAGUCCAAGUAGUCCCUCCCAGUUUCAGUCCAUUUUCUUCCGUUUGGUGCCUAAUGAAUAUUACCCAAGUGCCUAGUGCUUGGCCUCCUUCCUGGCCAGCCAAGGAGAGAAUUAGCCCCAUGUCUCUAUGACUAACCCAGCUAUGUAGGGUAGGUACACACUGUCAGUGUUGCAGCCUGUUGAGAGCUCUGCCAGUGUAUCACUGACUCCCCUAUAUCCAACAGCGCAACAUGACACAGACCAGCCACCAUCUGAUGCAGUUAUAUAACAGCCAUCCCUGCUCUCUUCAGAUUAAUUAAUUAACUGAGAAAGGCAGGAUCUGCCUGGAUUUUAGGAGCUCUGUAUGUGUGUUUAUGUGCUCACGCGCGUGUGUGUGUCUUCCUUCGCUGCACUGCGUGGAUCUCUUAACCCUGCAUUCACCCUGCUCCCUCAGCUGUCCUGGCUCAACCUCCUCUCAGCCUCCUCCGUCGUCGCCGGGAGGCGCGGGGCUGAAAAGCUGAUUAGCCACCUGUUGCAGCCCAGUGAAGACAGACAGGGAGAAUGGUGAAGCAUGGGGAAAACAUUUUAAUAGUGAACGUGAUAGUCCUUAUAGUGUAACCAAAUCACUUUGUGACUAGUUAAUUUUCUCAUAGAAAUAUCUGGAAAACAUGGGAUCUCUUCUUGGGAGGAUAUGAGGAGAGAAAUAGGAUGAGAGUGAAUGAUCUGGGAUGUUUUUUCGCCUAUUUUCUCCUUUCUCUGCAGUCUUUUCACUUCUCUGCAAGAGAAGAUUGUGAAUAUGUAGACAGGCUAUGUCCCCUUCUCUCUGGGCUCUAUAAGAGGCUAAGGCUGGGCUCCAGUCAUAAACAUGUUUUGUGUUUGGGCUGGGGCCCAGGGCUGGAGGGAGGCAGGUUGCAUGUGACUGAUCAUCCUCAGGGAAAUCUGAUCCAGUCUGAUUCCUUAAAGGUCCAAUGCAGAUAUUUUUAUAUCAAUAUCAAAUCAUUUCUGGCUAACAAUUAAGUACAUUACUGUGAUUGUUUUCAAUUAAAAUGGUCAAAAACAAACAAAAAUAGCUUCUUAGCAAAGAGCAAUUUCUCAAGCAAUUUAUCUAGGACUAUCUGGGAGUGGUCUGAGUGGGGAGGGGAAAACUGAAAACUAGCUGUUAUUGGCAGAGAGGUUUGUAACUCUCUUUCCAAUUGGUCUAUUAACUCAUUUACUGCCUGCCAGGCAGGCCAAAACUCCAUCCAACCAAAACAGGCAAAAAUUCCAGGCGUUCUUUUUCAAACAGCUCUUACACUAAAAGGGUAUUAUAACUUUUAACAUUUCACAGUACUAUUCCAACCUCAUUGUGUGGAAAUGUAUAUAAAGCACAGGAAAAUCAUAUUUUUGACUGCAUGCAACCUGCUCCGUCCCCCCCAAUUUCCCCCUUCCCCCCUCCACAUACACCCCAGCCUGGCCCUGCAGCACCCCACAGGAGCAGGGAUGCUAUUAGGUAGUCACACAGUCUGGGAACGUUGUAGCAAUGUAGUUAAAUGCCCCUUUAAAAGACAUGUAUCAGCAGAAGUGUGUUCUGUAGGCACACUGUGUUGGUUACAAUACUUACCCUUGGGGAAGAAGCUACCUUUCAGAGUUAUGCACCCCUGUUGGGCACAUGUUUAAUUUUCACAGUCAACUGUGUUUUCAGCUUGGUUAGGUAAGAGAGAAUAUGCAAGCUUGAUAGGACGAGAAUGUAUUAUGUUGUUCUGAGUCAUACAAAUUAGUAAUAUCAAAAUGCUGAGCACAGAAAGUGCUCCAAAGUGCUGGUCAACUGGAACAAAGCAUGAUGUUUGUGGCGCAAAAGGUUUUAACUAAUGUUUGAUUCCUUUUUCAUCCAGAGUUCCUAUCCAGUGUGGGAAGACUUCAGUGCCAAGGCCACUAAACUGCACUCCCAACUCAGGUGAGACCUUAAUUUCAUGUCCUAUCCCUCUUCAGUAGACUGGUAACUCUAAAUGUCUUGUGUUGACAUUCUGGACUAUUGCUGGUUUCUAGUCACUGUUGAUGUUGAAUGCUGAGUGCUGUUUCCUCCUCCUGUGUACAUGUAGGACCACAGUUCUGGCAGCAGUGGCAUUUCUAGAUGCCUUUCAGAAGGUGGCAGACAUGGCAACCAACUCAAGAGGUAAGGAGAAAGUAGAAGGAAGAAGGCCUUUUUUAAUAUCUUUGUUUCCUCUCCCUUGACUCAACCAUUCUGAAAACAUUGUAUAGGUGAAACUAAUAUCCUCAACUCCUACAGUGAUUUUGUUAUUGCUUUCACUUAUCUAGUGCUUUCACAUCAGUGUGGCUCAAAGGAAGGGGAUUGAAUGGGAUCUUACGCACGUACAAAUUCGGAAACAUAUUGUGGCGGUUUUGGAGCAGUGGCUUCUUCCUUGCUGAGCGGCCUUUCAGGUUAUGUCGAUAUAGGACUCGUUUUACUGUGGAUAUAGAUACUUUUGUACCGGUUUCCUCCAGCAUCUUCACAAGGUCCUUUGCUGUUGUUCUGGGAUUGAUUUGCACUUUUCGCACCAAAGUACAUUAAUCUCUAGGAGACAGAACGCGUCUCCUUCCUGAGCGGUAUGACGGCUGCGUGGUCCCAUGGUGUUUAUACUUGCGUACUAUUGUUUGUACAGAUGAACGUGGUACCUUCAGGCGUUUGGAAAUUGCUCCCAAGGAUGAACCAGAAGCUGUUUAAAGGCACAGUCAACUUAGUGUAUGUAAACUUCUGACCCACUGGAAUUGUGAAUUAUAAGUGACAUAAAGGCACUUAACCUUAAUUUGCUUCAGGGACGCCGUACUACUAUGGCUGACCCUGUAAAACAACACUUUUUACUGCACCUAUCCGGUGUACAGUCGUGGUCAAAAGUUUGGAGAAUGACACAAAUAUUAAUUUUCACAAAGUCUGCUGCCUCAGUUUUUAUGAUGGCAAUUUGCAUAUACUCCAGAAUGUUAUGAAGAGUGAUCAGAUGAAUUGCAAUUAAUUGCAAAGUCCCUCUUUGCCAUGAAAAUGAACUUAAUCCCCAAAAAACAUUUCCACUGCAUUUCAGCCCUGCCACAAUUGGACCAGCUGACAUCAUGUCAGUGAUUCUCUUGUUAACACAGGUGAGAGUGUUGAUGAGGACAAGGCUGGAGAUCACUCUGUCAUGCUGAUUGAGUUAGAAUAACAGACUGGAAGCUUUAAAAGGAGGGUGGUGCUUGAAAUGAUUGUUGUUGGUUAGCUGCAAGAAAACACGUGCCGUCAUCAUUGCUUUGCACAAAAAGGGCUUCACAGGCAAGGAUAUUGCUGCUAGUAAGAUUGCGCCUAAAUCAACCAUUUAUCGGAUCAUCAAGAACUUCAAGGAGAGAGGUUCAAUUGUUGUGAAGAAGGCUUCAGGGCACCCAAGAAAGUCCAGCAAGCGCCAGGACCGUCUCCUAAAUUUGAUUCAGCUGCGGGAUUGGGGCACCACCAGUGCAGAGCUUGCUCAGGAAUGGCAGCAGGCAGGUGUGAGUGCAUCUGCACGCACAGUGAGGCGAAGACUUUUGGAGGAUGGCCUGGUGUCAAGAAGGGCAGCGAGGAAGCCACUUCUCUCCAGGAAAAACAUCAGGGACAGACUGAUAUUCUGCAAAAGGUACAGGGAUUGGACUGCUGAGGACUGGGGUAAAGUCAUGUUCUCUGAUGAAUCCCCUUUCCGAUUGUUUGGGGCAUCCGGAAAAAAGCUUGUCCCGAGAAGACAAGGUGAGCGCUACCAUCAGUCCUGUGUCAUGCCAAAAGUAAAGCAUCCUGGGACCAUUCAUGUGUGGGGUUGCUUCUCAGCCAAGACAAUGGGCUCACUCACAAUUUUGCCUAAGAACACAGCCAUGAAGAAAGAAUGGUACCAACACAUCCUCCGAGAGCAACUUCUCCCAACCAUCCAAGAACAGUUUGCUGACGAAUAAUGCCUUUUCCAGCAUGAUGGAGCACCUUGCCAUAAGGCAAAAGUGAUAACUAAGUGGCUCGGGGAACGAAACAUCGAACUUUUUGGUCCAUGGCCAGGAAACUCCCCAGACCUUAAUCCCAUUGAGAACAUGUGGUCAAUCCUCAAGAGGCGGGUGGACAAACAAAAACCCACAUAUUCUGACAAACUCCAAGCAUUGAUUAUGCAAGAAUGGGCUGCCAUCAGUCAGGAUAUGGCCCAGAAGUUAAUUGACAGCAUGCCAGGGCGGAUUGCAGAGGUCUUGAAAAAUAAGGGUCAACACUGCAAAUAUUGACUCUUUGCAUAAACUUAAUGUAAUUAUCAAUAAAAGCCUUUGACACUUAUGGAAUGCUUGUAAUUAUACUUCAGUAUACCAUAGUAACAUCUGACAAAAAUAUCUAAAAACACUGAAGCAGCAAACUUUGUGAAGACCAAUACUUGUGUCGUUCUCAAAACUUUUGACCACGACUGUAUGUGCCAAUAAAUUAUAUUACUGCCUUCGGGAAACACGAAUACAAGCCGGUGCGAAUGACCAGUGCACACUGGUGUUGUAUAGAGGUGCCUGCCGACCUGCUUCCCACUGGGCAGCUGUAUCAUGGUCUCGCCAGUGAUAGUUAACGUGGCCAAAUGUUUUCCUCCCAAUUUUCUUUUAAUUCCAAGUAGUAGAACAGCCUUCAUGUCAAAUCGUAUAAUAUUGGUAACCAUCUGGAUGCAUGUCACCAGGACACAGAUUCAAUGGGGAGAGCAUGGACAGCAAGUAGGUGUUUCACGACACCGGUACACACUGUCCUUCGCCUUGCCUGCCGAGCUCUGCUCUCCCGCAGUUCUGUUAACGUUACGACAAGGGAAGUAUCUGGCAGCUGGCUAGCUAGCUAGCUAAUGUAGCCAACCCAACUCUUGUGUGGCACUACUUGGUGGGCGCGGUGUGUUGUCGUUCGUCACUACACGAAUAUCCCCUCUUGCCACACCCCCUAGUCUGCGGUCUGCAGAUAGACCCUACUCCAAGUUUUGGUGACCUGUUUUGGCUCGUGAGCGCUACUUUUAAAACUAAUGGGUGAAAUUAUACAAAACCUUUAACGUAUCUUUAAGACUAUCGGGAAGCACUGUAUCUGCUAUCUGCAGUAUACCGGCUCUAUGGUCAUGUCCAGAUUCAGUCCUGUAUCUUACUUUAAGAUCUGAAAUGAUGGGUGAAUCUGCAUGGAAACAACCCACUAAAGUGUAAAGCUGAGCUUAUUGUAUGUAGGGCUGGUUAUGAGGUCGUGUUUUGAUCUGCUUUGUCACUGUAUGGAGCGGCAGACAGAUCCGAUGUAGGACAAUGAUUAAAACAGAUUUCCACCCAGUUGAUCAUCGAGAGCAGUAUUUAGGUCAAAAACCUACACACACAGACAUAUGCACGCACACACACAACAGCUGGUGCUCAGCCACCUGACCUUAGACCUCAUGGUGACACACACACACACGAAGCAGUCGGUAGAAUCUUGUAGUCUACUAUGUAUACUUUACAUGUGUACCAUCCUAUAGAGAAUAAUCUAUACCUCCACAUAACCACCUCUGAGUCUGUAUAGUCUGCACAGCCAAUCCACUGUUCUAUAGUCGCCCAUUCAUUACAAAUGAACUGAUGAAUAGGGUAACAUGUUAUUUGGAUAGUCCAUUUGUAUAUGUCAACAGCAUCGUCUAAUGAUAGUUUACUGACCAUCUACAGAUAGGACUAUCCAAAUAAAGUGUUAUCACGAAUAGGGAUACGCCAGCUAACAGCCAAAUGUGACUGCAUCACUGAUGAGGCUGCAUCACUAAACCUAAAGUGAGGUCAGAUGCUGUAACAGUGGGCCGCCAGGUGUGAUGAGGCUGGCCGAUGGCCUACACAUAAGAAGGUCCAAUAUGUCAGUCAUCCUCACAGCAUGGGAGCUCUCAGAAGGGCUGGAUAUUGGCAACAUCAACCUAUUCUCACUAGUCAUACAGUGAGGGAAAAAAGUAUUUGAUCCCCUGCUGAUUUUGUAAGUUUGCCCACUGACAAAGAAAUGAUCAGUCUAUAAUUUUAAUGGUAUGUUUAUUUGAACAGUGAGAGACAGAAUAACAACAAAAAAAUCCAGAAAAACGCAUGUAAAAAUUUUUAUAAAUUAAUUUGCAUUUUAAUGAGGGAAAUAAGUAUUUGACCCCCUCUCAAUCAGAAAGAUUUCUGGCUCCCAGGUGCCUUUUAUACAGGUAACGAGCUGAGAUUAGGAGCACACUCUUAAAGGGAGUGCUCCUAAUCUCAGCUUGUUACCUGUAUAAAAGACACCUGUCCACAGAAGCAAUCAAUCAAUCAGAUUCCAAACUCUCCACCAUGGUCAACACCAAAGAGCUCUCCAAGGAUGUCAGGGACAAGAUUGUAGACCUACACAAGGCUGGAAUGGGCUACAAGACCAUCGCCAAACAGCUUGGUGAUAAGAUGACAACAGUUGGUGCGAUUAUUCGCAAAUGGAAGAAACACAAAAGAACUGUCAAUCUCCCUCGGCCUGGGGCUCCAUGCAAGAUCUCACCUCGUGGAGUUGCAAUGAUCAUGAGAACGGUGAGGAAUCAGCCCAGAACUACACGGGAGGAUCUUGUCAAUGAUCUCAAGGCAGCUGGGACCAUAGUCACCAAGAAAACUAUUGGUAACACACUAUGCCGUGAAGGACUGAAAUCCUGCAGCGCAUAUACAGGCCCGUCUGAAGUUUGCCAAUGAACAUUGAAUGAUUCAGAGGAGAACUGGGUGAAAGUGUGUGGUCAGAUGAGACCAAAAUCGAGCUCUUUGGCAUCAACUCAACUCGCCGUGUUUGGAGGAGGAGGAAUGCUGCCUAUGACCCGAAGAACACCAUCCCCACCGUCAAACAUGGAGGUGGAAACAUUAUGCUUUGGGGGUGUUUUUCUGCUAAGGGGACAGGACAACUUCACCGCAUCAAAGGGACGAUGGACGGGGCCAUGUACCAUCAAAUCCUGGUUGAGAACCUCCUUCCCUCAGCCAGGGCAUUGAAAAUGGGUCGUGGAUGGGUAUUCCAGCAUGACAAUGACCCAAAACACACGGCCAAGGCAACAAAGGAGUGGCUCAAGAAGAAGCACAUUAAGGUCCAGGAGUGGCCUAGCCAGUCUCCAGACCUUAGUCCCAUAGAAAAUCUGUGGAGUGAGCUGAAGGUUUGAGUUGCCAAACAUCAGGCUCGAAACCUUAAUGACUUGGAGAAAAUCUGCAAAGAGGAGUGGGACAAAAUCCCUCCUGAGAUGUGUGCAAACCUGGUGGCCAACUACAAGAAACGUCUGACCUCUGAUUGCCAAAAAGGGUUUUGCCACCAAGUACUAAAUCAUGUUUUGCAGAGGGGUCAAAUACUUAUUUCCCUCAUUAAAAUGCAAAUCAAUUUAUAAAAUUUUUGACAUGCAUUUUUCUGGAUUUUUUUGUUGUUAUUCUGUCUCUCACUGUUCACAUAAACCUGCCAUUAAAAUUAUAGACUGAUCAUGACAAAAUCAGCAGGGGAUAAAUACUUUUUUCCCUCACUGUAUAUAUAUAUAUAUAUAUAUAUAUAUAUAUAUAUAUAUAGAGAGAGAGAGAGAGAGAGAGAGAGAGAGAGAGAUCACGGGUAGAAAUACACUGGGGAAAAUGGGCGACACCUGGAGGGAGGUGGAGACAAUCACAAAGACAGGUGACACAGAUCAGGGUGUGACAGAUUAUGUAAAUCUCUGUCACUCAUACGCCCACUCACAAUCCUACCCCAUCACUCUCCCAGUGACAUUAGCUUUAGGAUUAAAGACAGACAUCAUCGCAUCCAGGGCAGCAACAUCCGAAUGAUGCAAAUGCACACAGUAUGGAGAGAGAUGUUCUAAAACUAAUUAUUAAAGAAGAAUUGGCUCCAUUGCACCAUGGAAGCACAAUCAAGCCCAGAUAAAAUAUUUGAAAUGAUUUCAAAUAAUAUUUAAACCCAAGUCUGCGGAAGACACACAGCAUCCCAGGUUAUAAACCGUAAACAGGAUUAACUGAUGCCUGUGUCUAUGUAAAGAAGAUGGAGAUUCUGAAUGUUCUAAUCUGAAUCAUUAGCGAUUUGUCAGUGACACCAAUUCCAUUCCGUUUGUCCACUGGGAGCCCUUUGGUGCUCAGUGCCAGUCAGUGGACUCUACAACCGCAGCCAUUAAUUUGGCAGGAGGAAUGUCGAUAUUUAUUGUAACCGGCUGGUGCUGGAGAACGAUGACCCCUGAACUCUCACUACAGGCUGGAUAGUGUGAAGUGGUUUGGGCCAUUUCACCUCCCUGGUUUGUGGUACAACCGGGUUCGCUGGGAUCUCUACAAGUGUUUAAAUAGCUGGUUCAAGUGAGGGAGAUAAAGAUAGAGUAGAUGUUAAUUUACAGCAUCAAUAGUGUUAUUACAUUGUUGUAGAGAGAGACAGAGAGAGGAAGAGAGAGUGUGUAUGUAUAUUAGUCUUUGUGUGUGCGUUAAGUAGUCUAUGUGUGUGUCUUUAUGUGUCUGUGUAUGUGUGUUUAUUAGUCUGUGUGUGUGUCUUUAUGUGUCUGUGUGUGUGUUUUAUUAGUCUGUGUGUGUGUCUGUGUGUGUCCGUGUAGGGGUUAUUGUGCUAUAGGGGUCUGAUCUGUGCCCUGACUCCCUCUCAGCAUCAAGGGACGGACCACAGCUGCUGGCACAGCUGGAGAUUUCAUCUCGUUCUUCCCAUUUAAUCUAGCCCCCGACACACUCACCCCAUCACCCCAUUAACUCACCACCCAUCUCACACACUUACCCCAUCGCCCCAUUAACUUCUACCUCUCAUUCUGCACUCAACCCAAACAUCCACCUGUCCUGUCACUGUUCUCCCACUCACAAGUUGAGAGAGGGAAUGAGAGGAGAGCAAAGCAGGAGGAGAGGAAGUACUGCUGUGGAAAUGGACACUGGGUAUUAUUGGGAAAUGGUCGAACUCAGCCUAGCAUCUGUCUUCAAGUUCCUCCUUAACCGCACAGUCUAUUUGCUGAUUGUGUUAAAUAGUUGUUUUCUCCUAAAGAGGCAAACGUAACAUAAUGUAAAUGGAAGAUGUUUCCUCACUCUUUUUGCUAUUUGACUCGGUUUAUGCUUGAAGUCCUGCUGUGUGUGUGUCUUCAGUGGAGGCCUUUGCCUUUGGAUGGGUGGUUGGGACUUCAGACAAGGAUGUGGAAGUGUGUGUUGGAUAAUAUUUCUUCAUUCAAGUUUCAGGCUGAUGUGUAAGGCCUGUUACUGCCCAGUGAGUUAGUAGGUAGGAUAGGGGGGGGGAGUAAAGCUAUCAGGUUUUAGGGUGGGUGAGUUGGUCCUCUAUAUUUUGAUGAGGCUGAAGGGGGUCUUCACACUGGGUGAGGAUGGGGGGAGUUACUAUAGGCCCCCAAUCCCCCAUAUUUGGAUAAGAGAGGGUAUGUUCUCCAAAUUUGGGUAAGUGAGGGAGCAGGGGUAUGUAAGUGGCAGUGGAUGAGGUUGGAUGGAAUGGGGGAUGUGUUGGGAUUUUCACAGCUCUCUGUAGCCAGGAGAGAGAGAGGCAUAGAGUUAAUCCUCUUCUAGCUUCACUCCAACACACAUAACAGACUCACUCACUCACUCACACACACACACACACACACUGGGGGGGUGGGGGGAUGUUGUAGUAGAUCAGUGUGUCAGUGAGGCAGUAAUCCUGCUUGGCCGCUGUGCUUCUCUGGUUUGGCAGAUGGCACGGAUAUCCCUGUCCGCCAUCUGGACAGCCUGGUAUGGGUGUGUGAGAUACAGCCCUGCCCCGCGCCACACAGUACAGCCCUGGAGAUUACUGUCAGCUCCACCAUCAUAGCAGCGGAGCUAUUUAUAUGA